AAUUUUGAUCUGAAUAGCAUCGUUUUCCCUCUGAUUUUAACAUUCAUUUUAAUAACAUUGAUCGGUAAAACUACUUUAGACAAGACGAGAACUAGUAUAAACAUUCUGUGACAAAGUUUUUACAGACCCUUGUUAAAACUACUCUUAUCUAGUGGUACAGCGCCGUUUUUGAACUUCAGUAUUAGUGUGAUGUCUACUAUCAGUUUGAGAAUAAAAUCCCCUAAGGAGGAGAAGACUGUCUCUGUAUCCGGUUCAUGCUCAGUUAAGGAACUACGGGAUGAAGCAUCGAAGGCGUUUGAAACGCCAUCGGAAAGACUAAUUCUUAUAUUUGGUGGGAAGAUUCUUAAGGAUGAAGACAUUUUAGAACAACUCAAGAUUAAGGAUUCUUGCACUAUUCACUUGGUGAUUUCGAAACAACAACAGCCUCCACAGGUGAACCCAACGGGCACAUCUUCAGUAGUUACAGAUGUAAGGGAACCUCCAAGGGAAAGCCGGAAUGCUGGUACAACUCAGAAUGCUGGAAUGAAUACCUUUGCUGGUAUGCAACAGGCUAUGCAGGCUCAGGUGAUGCAGAAUCCCGAACUUCUUCGAAAUAUGCUAGAUAGCCCAUUAGUCCAAUCUCUAAUGAAUAAUCCAGAGGUUAUUCGUAAUUUAUUUCAGGCAAAUCCUCAAAUGCGUGAUUUGAUUGACCGUAAUCCAGAAUUAGGCCAUAUGCUGAACAAUCCAGAUCUUCUUCGACAGUCUAUGGAAGUUGCUCGUAACCCAGCUCUGAUGCAAGAAAUGGUCCGUAACUAUGAUCGAGCAAUUUCAAAUCUAGAAUCGCUCCCAGGUGGUAUGAAUCAUUUGCAGCGGAUAUUUCGUGAUAUUCAAGAGCCAAUGAUGGAUGCAGCUACUAGCAUAGGUGCAACUCUAAGUGGUAAUCAAUCGAGUGGUAAUUCAGAUCAGAAUCCUUUCGCAAAUUUGGCAGGUGGUGUCAGACAAGGAGCUCCAGCCACUGAACCUAUGCCGAAUCCAUGGGCACCACCAGCUACAAACAACUCGACUUCAAGUAAUGGUACGUCAACGGCAGCAACUGGUGGUGGUACAGCAAAUACAAAUCGUAAUAGUGAUCAUGUGCAGAAUAUGUUGAAUCAGCUCUCCUCUAGUCCAGAGUUGGUAUCAAAUGCUUUUCAAGUUCCAUAUGUACAAGCUAUGCUGGAAGCGAUGAGUGCAAAUCCAUCAGUUAUGGAAAAUUUGAUUAUGAAUAAUCCUAUGAUUUCUAGUGUGAAUCCUAAUGUGCGUGAUCAAAUGCGACAAAUGCUUCCUCAGUUAGCCAAUCAAAUGAGUCAACCAUCAUUUAUGAAUAUGCUAUCCAAUCCACGUGCCUUGCAAGCUAUGAUGCAAAUCCAGCAAGGUCUUCAAACGCUACAACAAGAAGCCCCAGGUGUAUUAACCAGUCUAGGCAUGUCUGCGCCUACUGUUGGUCCAGGUUCAGUUCCGCCGGCGACUCCUGCCACAACGGAUGGAUCAACAGUUUCAGCUCCAGGGAGUAACGCUGAUUCCACCACUGGAUCAACAACAACAACCACAGCACCAGGUGAUCGUACCACAGACAGUGCAGCUAAUCCUCCGAAUCAGGCUGAAUUAACUACACUUUUAGCCAGUAUGUUAAAUAUGAUGUCAACAAAUAAUGGUGGGUUAGGUGCUGGUGGUGCUACAAACAAUGUGCCACCUGAACAACGAUAUCAAGCUCAACUUGAAGUUUUGGCCAGUAUGGGAUUCGUAAAUCGAGAGGCUAAUUUACAGGCACUUAUCGCUACAUUUGGAGAUGUCAAUGCAGCUGUUGAUAGACUACUCCAAUCAAAUCAAUCAAGAUAAAGUCCCUCCCUUAGCUUAGCUGCUCACACUAAAGAGAUCAACACUACACCCUAUACAGCACACACUCAUUUGUCAAGGGAAUGUGUUCAUAAAGACUAUGGCUUUCAACAGAAGGAGACUGGCCAAUGUGUCUGUGUGUGCGUUUGUGUAAUUUUUCGUUAGUCCGUUCAGUUUUGAAGUCACAGUUCUCUUCACAAAUUUACUACUGCAUUGACUAUAUCCACAAAAGUUGUAUUCGUGUGUGUGUGCGCUCUAUUCAGCAGUUUUUUGCGGUGCAGUAGACUUUUGCUGCUAAGCCUUCUCUCUCAUUCUUUAUGCUUGUUAGGACAAUUUUUACUGUGCCUGUGUGUGUGUUUUCUGCAUACUAUUUCCCUAUUAUCAGCAUCUUUUUUGCCCUGCCUCCGGCCCCCCUCCCCCGAAAUAUCACGCGCUGCGCACAUCACUAACACUCCCAUCUCCCCCUUCCCUCUCUUUCUCGCUCGCUCGCUCGCUCAUUUACUCUCUGUUUUUGUCUGCCUCCUUUAUUUUUCUGUUAAUCUCUCUCCUUUGUGAAUUGUGUUUACUACUUUACAAUACUAAUGAUAAUAAUAAUAAUAAUAUUAAUAAUACUGUGAAACGAAAUCGUAAAUAGUUUCAAUUUUAUUUCUUUUUGUGAUUUUGGUGUUUUUUGUUUCGACUCUUACUUAUUUUCACAUUAUAUAUAUUGUUGUUAUUAUUAUUAUUAUUAAUAUUUAAGAAGGGAGGGAAUACAAUACAAUAACUUUUGAUGAAUGCUAAUGCUGCAGCGUAUGUAUCCUCCCGAUGAUUCCUAGUAAAAAAGACAUUCGCGCAUGGUCGGUUAUUGUUUGUUUACUUCAUAUGUGGUGGACCACUUCAGUUGAAAAUUGAUGUGAUCUAUAUAACAUGAAAAUAUACACAAUCUAUAUAUAUAUAUAUAUAUAUA